CUGUGGUUUUUGCUAAUAAAUGAUUAAUUGUACUUAAAGUGAUGAAUUCAACGCAACAGAAAGGCGCGCGCACACCAUUCGGAUUAUGAAAGCAGUCGAAUGAAAUAUGCAGCACCGUUUUGCUGCUGCCGUUGCUUGUGCGCUUCUGCACUCGCAUUGUGGUAGUGCUGCACAACGGGGGAAAAACGGCAAUGCAGCACACCACAUCCAAAGGAUUUUCCGUGGAAAUGAAGACAGUAAACGAUAACAGCAACCUGUACCGAACAGGAGCAGAAUUUACUCUGACGUGCACAAUAAAGGUGCAGGGGGGAGAGGUUCUGGGAAUUCGGAAGAUGGGUUAUUUAAGGACACGCAGGCCACAGCGAACCCUUUGUUCUAGGAAAGGGGAGCCUCUGCUCCAUUACUUGGCUAAUGGGAAAGUUAACAGGGCAACAAAGAGUGCAUAGAAGUGCAUUUGCAUUCGCGUUCGCGUGAAAGUGUAGCAACAGGAAGGAAAAUCCCUCGCAAUGUGAUUGGUUUGAUUUAUGUAGAAAUUGUGCUGCUUUUAUUUAUGAAAUCAAUCUAAUUGUGAGAGAUUAUUAGAACAGUAUUUAAUGUUAAAUUAACUAUAGAUCACAUCAAAUACCACGCAAAAAAGGGUGGGAUGUACCGAUUACGACAGCUUGCCAAGUAUUUUUGUUCUACGUCUCGAGAGUUUCAUUAUCGCAACGGUACGGCCUACUCGCACACCAAAACACUGUUCUAUCACUUCCACACACACUUCACUUCUGUGUGUAACACGCAUGAGAUAAAGGGCUCGAUGGAAGGGUUUGUGUGAGUGUGUUUAUUUGCAUUCCUACCAUGAAUCAUAAGCUUCAAAAAAACACAGAAGGGUUGCCAGGCGAGCAAACAGAGCACACACACACAGACAUUCCCCCCUUCUUUAAUGCUUUAUUUAUUUGUAUCUGACCCUUGGGACUGUUUUCCUAUCUUUGUGUGUAAACUACUAAGAGACUUAUGACCUCUUCCAUCUUUCGGAGGGUUUUAGUCCGAAAACCGAUUGGACCGAGAUGGUGGUUUCCAGCUUCUUCCGGCUCCCAUCGCAAAUAUUUGGGAACGUUUCCCACACCAACGGACAUCGUCUGUCUCGUUUCUCUGUGCUCCCAAAAACCGAUGGUAUCGAUUUUCCAUCUGGUGUGUGGCAAAAUGUAUCGCAAUGGGAGUAGCGCGACGGUGAUAAAGAAAACGGAACAACAAUCGUCUCUCGUUCGCCCCCAAUGCCACACUACCGCCCAAUUACGACAGUGGCGAACAUACGCGCGCACAGGUAAUUGUGGUCCGCCGUCACGGGCCGUCAGGUGGGUGCGAGCAAGCAAGGCGGUGCUGUAAUGGUGUCAGGCACAGAGAGGUAUCAACUAUGUUUGUCGACUGAUAAGAUAAGAAAAGUCUCCCUGCGGCAGCACACACGGCAAAUGCAAGCAAGGUGCUGCUGACACCAUUUGCAGUUUCAGUUUGGUCACAGGCGAAACCGUGCAACCUCUGGCGGCGUGCAGCGUACACCUGCGGGAAUUGAAGACCUUGGAGACACAUACAUUGGAUCGGUGCUUAACACUUUACGGUUUGCGGAAGGACACUUUUUGUUUUUCCACUGCUUCGGGGAGCAAUCGAGGUGGAAUUGGAGUGUUCGUAGUGGAAUUUUGAAAUUUUGAAACGAAUCACCACACGCGCCCAAAAGAUGGCGUCGGAACGGUACGAGCUCAACAUGAGCAUGAAGUGUGUAAAGUAUAUGAUCUUCGUCAUCAGUAUUACGUUUGCGGUUGUGGCCGCAAUGCUCCUGUCGAUGGCCGUCGCCAUCGGCAAUCUGUUCGAUGAUUUCCAAAACUUCAUCGAUUCACACUUCUUCGUGCCGCCGAAUCUGCUCAUCGCGAUCGGCAUCAUCCUGCUGGUGAUCGCCCUGUUCGGGUGUGUCGGUGCGCUCAAGGAAAGCACAGCGAUGAUCAACAUUUACGGUGCAUUGCUGCUGAUCGUGUUUGUGCUACAGCUGGCCGCUGCCAUCACGGCGUUUGUGCUGCGUGGUCAGGUAUCGAUGAUGGUGCGCCAAAAGAUCUUCGAUUCGAUGGGCGAUUACAAGCAGCAGGAUGGCUAUCGCAAUCCGAUCGACACGUUGCAGAACACGCUCGAAUGUUGCGGUGUCGAUGGAUUCAGUGACUGGGCCCAGUUCCUGCCGUCCGACGGCACGGUAAUGGAGUACCCGGAAACGUGCUGUGCGGCACCACCGGUCAACGGGGAGUGUAUGCCACGCGAAUACGGCUGCUACUCGCGCCUCUCCUGGCUCAUCUCGCAGGGUUCGGUACUGAUCGCGACCGGUACGGUGGCAGUGGCCUUCGUCCAGGUGCUCGGUGCCGUCUGUGCGUUCAUGCUGGCCAGUGCGAUUCGUCGCGCGAAGACUCUGCGUGCUACCCGACGCUGGCAUCUGCAGCAGAGCCUUGGCAUCAUGACCAAGCCGAUCGAGACGCAGUACACCGGGAUGGAAAAGUCGGAAACUAACGUUGAUCCGGACAAGUAUCUGCCCACAAGCCCGAGCGUUAACUAAAAACCUUCCUUAAUUUGUGUAAUGCGCUUCACGCCUUCGUGCUGCUGUUGCUGUUGUGUGCGACAUAAAUGACCGUGUUCGGUUAUUUGAAGAACGCACACAAGGAGCAACUUUUGAUUACUUUCAAUAAAUGUGAUGUUAAGAGUACCAC